UGUUUUGACACUUCUGCUGACCGAAUUAUAGCUCAGUUUCUUUUCAAUCCCUAAUUUCUCUCUGCGCUCUCUACUCUUGCUCCGCCUCGCCUUCAAAUCUCAACAUUUCUCCGUCGGCAACCCUUUUCCGCCUCCGGUAUCUUCACAACUGGUGAAUUUCAAUAAGCAGUGAUGGAAAAUGGAGUUGUUGAUGAUUCGCCUUUGCUGACGACUCAUUCUGUGAAGGAGGUCUUAGAACACGAGGUUACAAGCUCGGAGAUAGUAGAAUCGGAAGCUGAUGCUGUUUUUGAGGAUUCAAUCUCCACGGAGACACCACGAGUAACUCAUAGUGACGAUUUGAAUAAUUUGAAUAACACUGUCGAUGUUGAAUUCAACCUUGAUUCUGAAAUUGAGGUUGAGACUUUUAAAUCUGAAAACCACAAAGAUGAGGUUCAGCAGGUUGUUGUUGCUGAAGAUAAGAUAGAAGAUGCAACUGCGGAGGACAAACCUAUACCUAUUGUUGAAGAAACUGCUCCAGAUGCGAGUGAAGGAGAAACCACAGCUAACCUUGAUUCUGAAGUUGAGGUUGAGAAUUUUAAAGAUGCGAUUGAAGUUUUUUCUGCAACUGAAAACCACAAAGAUGAGAUACAACAGGUUCUUGCUGAAGACGAGAUAGAAGCUGUGGUGGCGAACCAGGAAGCUAUUGUUGAAGCAACUGCUCUAGAUGUUCACCAGGAGGAAAUAGAGGAGGUAAUAAUACCUGAAGAACAUCAAAAUGGUGUUUAUGAGAGAGAGGUUGAGGCAGUUGGAGUUUCAUCUGGAACUGAAAACCACAAAGACGAGGUUCAGCAGGUUGUUGCUGAUGACAUGAUAGAAGAUGUGGCGGCAGACAAUGAACCUAUUGUUGAGGCAACUUCUCCAGAUACUCACCAAGCAGAAACCUCAGCUAAAGAAGAAAUAGUUGAGGUCGUAAUGCCUCAAGAACACCAAAAUGGUGUUUAUGAGAGCGAGAAAGAGGCGAUUGAGAUUUCAUCUGCAAAUGAAAACCACAAAGACGAGGUUCAGAAGGUUGUUGCUGAUGAAAGGAUAGAAGAUGUGACGACAGACAAAGAACCUAUUGUUGAAGCAACUGCUCCAGAUACCCACCAAGCAGAAACCUCAGCUAAAGAAGAAAUAGGCGAGGCCGUAAUGCCUGAAGAACAUCAAAAUGGUGUUUAUGAGAGCGAGAAAGUGGCGACUGAGAUUUCAUCUGCUAUUGAAAACCACAAAGAUGAGGUUCUGUUUGUCGCUGAAGACAAGAUUGAAAAUGUGGCGCUGGACGAACAACCUAUAAUUGAAGCAACUGCUCCAGAUGCUCUCCAAGGAGAAACCACAGCCAACAAAGAAAUAGAGGAGGUAACAAUGCCUGAAGAACAUCAAAAUGGUACUUAUGGGAGAGAGAAAGAUGCUAUUGGAAUUUCUUCUGCAACUGAAAACCACAAGGAUGAGGUUCAGGUUGUUGCUGAAGAAAAGAUAAAAUCUGUGGCAGCUGAUGACGAAGAGGGUCAGUUUGUCGCUGAAGACAAGAUAGAAGUUGUGGCGGACAACCAACCUAUUAUUGAAGCAACUGUGCCAGAUGCUCACCAAGGAGAAACCACAGCUAACGAAGAACAUCAAAAUGGUGUUUAUGAGAAAGAGGCUAUUGGAAUUUCAUCUGAAAGUCAAAACCACAAAGAUGAGAUUCAGUUUGUUGCUGAAGACAAGAUAGAAUUUGUGGUUGUGGAAGACCAUCCUAUUAUUGAAGCAACUGCUUCAGAUGGUGAGGAAGAGCAAAAUGGUGCUUUUGAGAGGGAAAAGUUGUCUGACUCGCAGAUUAAUAAUAAUAAUAAUGCAAACGAGGAUGUGGAUAUAAUAACCAAGGAAUUAAAGAUUGAUAGUAGACCCAAGACAUCUGGCGCUCCUUCUGUGGCUGAGGUUGAUUGUGAAUCUUCCCAUGAACCAAUUCAUAAUUUAUCUACAGAUAAUCUCAAAAUGGAACCAAAUUUUGAAGAGAAAGAGGAGAAAGUUGUAGAGCCUAUGGAGGAAGCUGAGAUCAAACCCACAGUUGCCAUCCCUCCAUCCUCCCAGAAGUCUACUACUGCUCACCCUGCAGGUCUAGGACGUGCUGCCCCUUUGUCAGAAUCCGCACCUCGAGCAGUACAUCAUCCUCGUGUUAAUGGAGCUCUUUCUCAGACGCAGAAUCAAUCUGUUGACGAGACUCUUAAUAAUGGAGUAGGAGAACCAACCGAGGAAUAUGAUGAGACUCGGGAGAAACUUCAGAUGAUAAGAGUCAAAUUUUUGCGGCUUGCUCUUCGGCUAGGUCAGACUCCCCAUAAUGCAGUCGUGGCUCAAGUCUUGUAUAGGCUCGGGCUUGCAGAGCAGCUUCGAGGAAGAAGUGGGGGUCGUGUGGCUGCGUUUAGCUUCGACCGUGCAAGUGCAAUGGCUGAGCAGCUUGAGGCGGGUGGGCAGGAGCCACUUGACUUUUCUUGCACAAUCAUGGUUCUGGGGAAAACCGGAGUGGGUAAAAGCGCAACCAUAAACUCGAUAUUCGACGAGAUUAAGUUCGGAACCGAUGCCUUUCAGUUGGGAACGAAAAAAGUUGAAGACGUUGUCGGAACUGUCCAGGGAAUCAAGGUUCGGGUUAUUGACACGCCUGGUCUUCUCCCUUCCUGGACUGACCAACAACAUAACGUGAAGAUUCUGCGUUCGGUUAAGCAGUUUAUGAAGAAGACACCACCAGACAUUGUUUUGUAUCUGGACAGGUUGGAUAUGCAGAGUAGGGAUCUAACCGACUUGCCUCUUUUGCGCACCAUUACAGAAAUAUUUGGGCCUUCGAUUUGGUUCAAUGCAAUUGUUGUUCUUACCCAUGCGGCUUCGGCUCCGCCUGAAGGUCCAAAUGGUACCACGACGAGUUACGACAUGUUUGUGACUCAAAGGUCUCACGCCGUCCAGCAAGCAAUUCGAAUGGCAGCUGGAGAUAUGCGGCUUAUGAACCCUGUCUCUUUAGUGGAGAACCAUUCUGCCUGCAGGACUAACAGAUCUGGCCAGAGGGUUUUGCCCAAUGGUCAAGUUUGGAAGCCUCAUCUCCUAUUGCUCUCCUUCGCUUCCAAGAUUUUGACGGAAGCAAACGCCCUUCUGAAGUUGCAGGACGGUCCGCCUGGAAGGCCCUUUACUACUCGAACGAGAUCACCUCCUUUACCCUAUCUUCUUUCGUCUCUUCUUCAAUCCAGACCGCACUUGAAACUUCCUGAGGAGCAGUUUGGAGGAGACGACGAUGACAUUGAAGAAGACUCGUCGGAAUCUGACAACGAGUCGGAAUUCGAUGAACUGCCGCCGUUUAAACCAUUGGCGAGAGCUGAGCUGGCCAAGCUUGCUAAAGCUCAGAAGAAAGCAUACUAUGAUGAAAUAGAAUAUAGAGAGAAACUGUUUAUGAAGAAACAGUUAAAAGAGGAGAAGAUGAGGAGGAAGAUGAUGAAGAAGAUGGCUGCUUCUAAGGAUCUUCCCGUUGAAGAAGAAGAAAGUGAGGAAGGGGCGGCGGCAUCGGUUCCGGUUGCGAUGCCUGAUUUGGCUUUGCCAGCUUCUUUUGAUGCUGAUUAUCCAUCGCACAGAUACAGGUGUCUCGAUUCUCCCAACCAGUGGGUUGUGCGACCGGUUCUGGAUACUCAAGGAUGGGACCAUGAUGUCGGUUACGAAGGAGUGAAUGUAGAAAGACUGUUUGUGGUGAAGAAGAAGAUACCGGUUUCUUUAUCUGGGCAGUUGACGAAAGACAAAAAGGACAGCACCCUACAAAUGGAGUUGUCCAGUUCCCUUAAACACGGAGAAGGCAAAGCCACUUCCUUAGGUUUUGAUAUGCAGACGUUAGGCAAAGAUAUGGCCUACACUCUAAGAGGCGAGACCAGGCUCAGUAACCGUAGGCGAAAUAAGUUUUCGACUGGCGUUUCAGCCACCCUACUGGGAGACAGUGUGACUGCGGGGUUGAAACUGGAGGAUAAAUUAAUUGUAAACAAGCGGUUCAGGAUGGUGCUCUCGGGAGGUGCGAUGGCAGGUCAGAGUGAUGUGGCUUAUGGAGGCAGUUUGGAAGCAACCUUGAGAGACAAGGACCAUCCUUUGGGGAGAUUCCUAAGCACUCUGGGUCUGUCGGUAAUGGAUUGGCAUGGGGAUCUAGCGAUAGGAGGUAACCUACAAUCGCAGAUUCCUAUUGGACGGUACACAAACUUGAUUGCUAGAGGAAAUUUGAAUAACAGAGGGUCGGGGAACGUGAGUAUACGACUGAACAGCUCGGAACAAAUCCAAAUUGCUCUGAUUGCAGUUAUUCCUCUCAUUAGUAAGCUAGUGGGUUAUCCUCAACAAUUGCACUAUGGACAAUGAUCGGACAAAUCUCUCCAAGUAAGAUUAGACAAGAAGGAGAAGAAGCAUUCACAGGAGGAUCCAGAUUCCAGUGUAUGUUGCUAAAUAUUUUUGUCUUGUUAUAUUUAUGGUUUUAAUCUUCUUCUUCUUUUUUUUUUUGUAUAAGAUUUUUAUGGUUUUGAUCUUGUUUGGUCUCAUUGCUGUAAGUUUUACUUGUUUGAGAUAAUGUGGGGGCAUUUCUUCGUGAGAAUCUGACUUUAAUUAUCACAAAAAAGUGCUUUGUCGUUUUGAUUUGAAAUAGUGUCACGAAGAAGUGCUUUAUCGUUUUGAUUUGAAAUAGGGUCAAGAAUAAGUGCUUUGUCGUUGUGAUUUGAAAUAGUGUCACGAAGAAGUGCUUUAUCGUUUUGAUUUGAAAUAGGGUCAAGAAUAAGUGCUUUGUCGUUUUGAUUUGAAAUAGGUUCGAUUGAUGUCUAUCUGGGCUUCAUUUGUUUGCUUCUGCUUAGAAGCCUAUUUUGGAUGACAUUAUUAUUUUUAAUGAGUUGAUGGUUGGGGACCC